GCUUCCCCUGUCACAUCCUAGCUUCGUUGGGCCAGGUUGGAUGUGACAGGCCUGGCCCCCCUGCCUGUAAGGAGUGGUGGUGGAAAACCCUUUGUCCAGGGGUGGACACACACACACACUCCCUUCUAGAGUUCUGCCUUUCUAUCAAAAACGUUGCCUCUAAAACAGGCUUGGGAGUGAAACAAUCAGAAACAAGCAGCGGACCAGCCGAAACAACAUGAAACAACCAGCAAGCUGAGACGAAGGAAUGUCCUGUCGAAGCGUCGGUGGAUCUCUUGUUUUCACCGAUUCGUUGGAUGGCCGGCACAACUCCAAGGAUCAACGCGGGGCACCGGGCUUUCGAUGGGAAGCGGUGACCUGGAUUGGCCGCCGCUUGGGGAUUGGCACUGACAUCGGGACGGCAAGCGAGCGAUCCACUCGGCCAGGAUUGGCCCUGCUACUGGUUCUCGUGGUCUUGUUGCUCCCGGUGAUGUUGCUUUUGACUUCGCUGGAAGCCAUGAGGGACUCUCAGAUGCUAUCGCCAGACUGGAUUGCACAGAAGGCCGCCGCCGCCGAGAAGGAUUCAGAGAAUGCAGGUUUGGCCGCCGCAGCAGCGGCGCGGCAGCGAGCGCAGGAGGUCUUUGAGAUCAUCGAGGGAAAGACAGCGGAGCUCAUGAGGACGCCCUUGUCCUUCUUUGGCCGUUUGGGCCAGUUGAUGGAAGACCUGGCGCCUCGAGUGCUUCCCGAAGGAGACGCUAUUGCGCUUGGCUCUCGCUUGCAGAUUGGUGUGAGACGUUUGGCCACAGGUGUCGUGCCAGCGCUAGUGCCGGAUGUGGUGGGCAGCUUCACCAGCCGCGACGAGCUUUUGGACGGCGUGCUGGCCUCGUGCAAUGUUUGGCUGGUGGUGCGACUCCAUCCUUGCAGAUUUCUUCCCAGCCUUAGUGCAUUCUGCAGUGAUGGUGUGAACCCCUACUCACUCUACUGCUUUUGGGACUACCUGUGCCAGCGACUCACUGGGCAGGCGGAGAUCAGCGCACCCCAUGAGAUGCAUGGAGGGAUCCUGGAUCGGAUCUAUGCCAUUUGGAACUGCACCGUGAUGAAGGAGACUUGGCUGCAGUUCUUCGCCGAAACAUCCUUCCUUGGUGGCCAUGUAUUUCAAUGGGUCGCAGCGAUGCAGAAUCUCUUUGAGAAUGCUUUCGUUGGGACUGUGUUGCUGCCGUCCAGUGGCAAGAGGCUGUGGGUGAGUCCCACAGUUGGUGGCCGCUUGAACGUGAUGUACUUGCUGAGGUUCUCCGGCUGGUUCAUUGGUGAGCAAUGGCAGCAGGGUUAUGCUCACGCACGGGAUUUGGAUGCCAGGGGGUAUUGGCAAGCUUUGCCGCGGAGGCCCGGCAUGUGA